AUGUGUAGUUAUGCUAGAAAAAGAAUUAUUUGUAAUAUUGCUAUUAGCAAUACAACAACAUUAAAGAUUCUUCCGAUCAUAAAAACUUAUGAAAAUUCAACUGCAUACGGUGUUAAUUAUAGUAAAUAUACUUCUUAUUUAUUGGAACGAAAUUCUUUUGAUAAUUUAAGUCAAUUUAUUAAUUAUGUCAAACAGAAGGUAAUGUCACGAAAAAUCAUACAUCAACCGCCAGGACGAUUUCUAACAACAGUUUUUCAUUUUCCACCAUAUCCAGAUAUGAUUGUUCCAUAUUGUGAUGGUCUUUGGAUGGAAUUUGGAGUAUUUAGUGGUCAUACCUUGAAUCAUGUUGCACGAUGGAGAUCACUCUAUUGUGGAAAUAAUAGUGGUCUCGUCUAUGGUUUUGAUACAUUUACUGGUUUGCCAACUGAUUGGCGGCCAGGAUUUCCCAAGGGCGCAUUUGCUGUUAAUCAUAGUCAACUUCAUAUUGAAUCAAAUGUAGCAUUGGUCAAAGGACUUUUUAUAGAUUCACUUCCACAAGAACUUUUGAAACAUAAACACACACCAAUCUCAUAUGUUCAUAUUGACUGUGAUAUUUAUGAAGGUGCACGUGAUAUACUUUUCCUAUUGACAAGUCGAUUUGUAAGAGGAACAUUACUAAUCUUCGAUGAACUCUUUAAUUAUUCACAACAUGGAAAACAUGAAAUUAAAGCAUUAUUUGAAUUUUUGGUAGCAAAUUAUAAUCUACAACUGGAAGUACUUGGUUCAGCGUAUCCUAUUGCAUUUGAUGAUAUUGAAGGAAGUUGGGAAUCACAAUCAACGGGUUUUGUCAUUGUAUAA